GCUUCUUCUCCUUUUCCCCCUCCAUUGUCCCCUCGCAUCACCCAUCAAAAUGGCCUUCGGAAAACUCUACGGUCUCCCUGACAACGGUCGCACCAUCGCCGUCCUUGUCGCUGCCAAGAGCAACGACUUGGAAUUGGAGCUCGUCAAGACCGAAGCCAGCUCGGCUGCUUCCUUCAACCAGUCCGCGGAAUACCGCAAGAUCGCCCCCCUAGGCAAGAUCCCAGCCUUCGAGGGUGCCAACGGCUACACUCUUUCUGAGGUCAUUGCCAUUGCUAUCUAUAUAACUUCCCAGAAUGAGAAGACCACUCUUCUAGGCAAGACCAAGCAGGACUAUGCCUCCAUCCUGCGGUGGUUGUCGUUCUUCAAUGCCGAAGUUCUCCCCAAAUUCGGUGGCUGGUAUCGCCCUCUUCUGGGCCUGGACCCUUACAACAAGAAGACUGUCGAUGAUACCUCCAAGGCUGCUCUGAAGGCCACCGCAGUCCUUGAGUCUCAUCUCACUGCCAAUACCUACCUGGUUGGCGAGCGUAUCACCCUCGCAGACUUCUUCGGUGCUGCUCUUCUUACUCGUGCUUUUGCCACUGUCUUGGACAAGGCCUGGCGCUCCAGUAACCCUGCUGUGACCCGGUGGUACGAGACCAUUGUCAACCAGCCCGCCUUCAAGGCCGUUGUUGAGAAGCCCAUCCUCGUUGAGGAGGCUAUCAAGUACGUUCCUCCCAAGAAGGAGGAGAAGCCCAAGGCUGCCCCCAAGGCCGCUCCUGCUCAACAAGAAGAAGAGCCCAAGCCUGCCCCUAAGCCCAAGCACCCUCUUGAGGCCCUUGGCAAGCCUACUUUGAUCCUUGAUGACUGGAAGCGUCAGUACUCCAACGAGGACACCCGCCCUGUUGCUCUCCCCUGGUUCUGGGAGCACUACAAGGCCGAUGAAUAUUCCCUAUGGAAGGUCGACUACAAAUAUAACGAUGAGCUCAAGCUUACUUUCAUGGCUAACAACCUAAUCGGUGGUUUCCAUGCCCGUCUUGAGGCCUCACGCAAGUACAUCUUCGGUGCUCAGUCCGUCUAUGGUACUAACAACAACUGCCUCAUCACCGGUGUCUUCAUGAUCCGUGGCCAGGACCACGUCCCCGCCUUCGAUGUCGCUCCUGACUGGGAGAGCUACAGCUUCACUAAGCUCGACCCCACCAAGGAGGAGGACCGCAAGACUAUCGACGACCUUUGGGCCUGGGAUGUCCCCGUUGUCGUUGAUGGCAAAGAGUACCCCUGGGCUGACGGCCACGUCUUCAAAUAAACAAGUUCAUUAGAUAGUAAACUGGUGUCAAUUUGGGUUCACUGUUGUUGGGUCCUGGUUGUGCACUUCCAUACCUUCCGAUAUCCUUGAAUGCUGUCGGGCGGUUCCAGUCCACAAAGGCAUGUAGGACAACAUCGCCUGGAGCCUCACCACCUUAAUGCCUAUGACGCUUCCGACUACACGCAUUACGUAUUUUCUUGUCGAAUAUCCCCCUUAAAAAAUGAGUAUGCGCUGAUGUUGAACGUCGUGUCACGCUUACGAUAUGAAUAAAUUGGAACGAUAGCUAUAGCUAGUUCUCAAAAAGGAACAUAAUUGAAUCAGCAGUAGUCUUCG